AUGACAAUCACUUCAAACUUAUUUGUUAAUCAAAAAGGUUCGACGACUUCCUUGAAACAGCCUAAAGAGAUUGGUUACUACUCAAGAACUCAAAAUAAUGAGUUUUUAGUUUCUAAUGACAUUAAUCUCAAGUACUACUAUCUACCCGAUGCUGCAUUGGACAAUAAUUUAGAUCUCUCCAGUGGGGUAAAGAAAUUUAAAGAUGUGGAAUCUGGGUUUGAUGACCCGCACUCUCUCCAUGGACUUUUAGAGGUCAUGAAAUCACAUGAAUCGAGCAAAAGUAAGAAACUCAAAGUUGAUAUAGUCUCAACAAGAAGUGUCAUUACGAAACUAAUAUCAGCGGCUUUUGAUAAUGUCAAUAUUAAUCCUAUAAAUAUGAGAAUUGUUUCUUUUGAUGACCAACUGUUUAUAAAAGAAUUACCUGUUGCUAAAUCCAAGGGGACAUCGGACUCUUCAGGUAUCACAGUGGAUCAAUAUUCAAAAUUUAAAUUUCAUAGUUUGGCUACUAUUUCGCAACCUUUAGCAUUGGUAUCAAGAGAGACUUUAGAAAAAAGAACCAAGAAGAUCAGCAAUAAUGGCGAUCAGUUCGUUUCUGCAGUAAGGACAGGUGUUGGUAGUAGUAAAUUACUCUUAGGAUCUGAAAUCGACUGUAUAUUUGAUUUUAAAACGGACGGUAAGGACAAUCUAAAACACUAUACAAAACUAGCAUGCACAUCUACGAUCAAUAGUUCAUCAGAAACGCUUAAGUUUGAAAACAACAUUUUUAGAACAUGGCUGAGUUGCUUUGUUGUUGGUAUUCAAAGGGUUAUUUAUGGUUUUAAAGAUAAAAACUCUAUUCUAAAGACCGUCGAAGAGUUUGCUACCGAUGAAAUUCCUGUUAUUUUAAAACAAAAUAACUCAAAAGUCAGCGCAAAAUGUUUGGAUGCGAUAAAGUGGUAUGGACUGUUCACUGAAUGGCUAUUAAAGAUGAUUCCUAGGGAUGAUACUAAAUCUGUUAGGCCUUUUAAACUCAUACUAGAAAACAAUCAUCUGAAGUUGAUCGAAAUUGAACAAAACGACAGCGAAUACAAUGGGUUAGUUGAAGGUGAAGCGAUAUUAUCUAAUACUUUCAGGGAAUGGCGAAACUCUUUUACAGGUAAUGAAUGA